UUUGUUUAUUCAGUUUUUAGUUCAAAGCAUUUUAUAUUUAAAAAGUAUAAUAAAAUAAUAAAAAUCUAUUAAAUUACAAUUCCAUGUCAUCAUUUGGAUAACAUACAAAUAAGAAUAAACAUGUCUCAAGACAAGUAUAUACGAAAAGGAACUCUAUUGAAAUGUCCUCAUAAGCCUCUAAACCCUUUUAAGCAAAAAUGGCAGAGUCGUUGGUUUGUUCUUUAUGAUAAUAGUGAACAUGGCAGAGUUAGAAUUGAGUACUAUGAUUCAGAAAAGUUUUGGCAACAAGAAAAAAGCAAGCGUGUAAUCUCACUUUCAAACUGUGUGAGUAUUAAACUUGUAUGGAACAAAGAAUAUAAUCAUGUUAUAGAGAUAGUUAUUCCAGAUCGAACCAUACAUCUAGCAGCUCAAUCAAAAGAAGAACAAAAACUUUGGUUUAAAGAUAUGUGUGAAAUAAUAUUUGGAAAUUCAUCUAAAAGCAGUUUAGUACAAGUUGUGAAAAAGUUAUCAUCAGAACAUGAUAUUGGGUAUCAUAGUUUAAGUAGAACUACAAAAGAAGAAAUUGAUAAUUCACCACGAUCACUUCAUACUGUUCCUGAAGUUUCCCAUGAAGUAGACUCAGGUGAUCUAUUAAUCAAAGAAAAUAAAGAGACUCGUAAAAUAAAUAAAGUGUCAUCUGUGGGUUCGGAGCUAUCUAGUCUUGUUUCAUUUGAAUCUGGUUUUGAUGAUGCAUCAAGUAUGACUUCGACUAUAACUGAAGGCUGCACGUAUCCUGUUUCAAUUAGAGCUACAAUCGCCUCUCAAAAGGCUGGCAUGAAUGGUAAAUAUUUGCUUCAAGUUACUCCUUUAAGUUUGCUUCUUAUUGACAUACCAUCGCAAUGUGUUAUAUGUGAAUGGCCAAUUCAGUUUUUGCGGAGAUACGGCAGAGGGCGCACUAAAUUUUCUUUUGAAGCUAGUGAAAAAUGUAAGCAUGGUAAAGGGGUUUAUACAUUUGAUACAUUGGAUGGUGAUUCUAUAUUUCAUAUUGUUCAUGCGCAUGUUCAAGGAAUUUCAGCAAAAAAUCAUUCCUCUGUACACGAAGGAUUUAAACCUAUAGGAAGAAGUUUUCAUAAUUCUGAAGGAAAACUUCUUGAUAAACUUUCAGAAAUAUCUUUUAAGGGAGAUUCACAUAUUGGAGAAGGAUCAAAUGAUGUUCUUAAUGUCAAUCCAAGUGAUUCAGUGAGUCAAUCUGGUACCCUACAGCGUUCCUAUGGUGUUGAUUCGAAUAAUACUCUAAAACGGGAUAUGAGCAUUGGAAGCGGAAUUAGUUUGGAAAUUGCCCAAAAUAUUUCAGACAAUACUGAAGAAUCAAAACAUUUUCGAAAAAGGUUUGAAAAUUUUGAUCCUAGAACAAGAUGCGAAAUUCUUGAAAGUAGCUUUGAUGAAGAGCCACUUGAUGACAUGGGUAAAUCAGAUGAUGAUGAUCUUGUUCAUACCCUAGACCAUAAACCUAUAAGGAAUCUAGAAACAUUAUGUGAAAAACCUGAAAAGGAUAACCAACCUUUUUUGAAUCACGAAGAUAAGAAAAAAAAACCAGUCAAGCGAAGUAGUUCCUUAAAAUUAUUUGCUUCAUUAAAACCAAACUCUAGUAAAGAAUUAAAAAAGAGUAACUCAGUGAGACGUAGUAGUUCAUUUAGAAACCGUUUUUUUAAAUCUAAAUCGACUGAUGUCAAUAAAGACUCUGAUAAAAAAUAUAAAAACAUUUCAAAAAGUGAUUAUGACUUGACUACUGAUAGUCAACCAACACAACCUACUGAUCUAACACCGCCCAGUUUAACACCUAAUAUAUCACCACCUUCUCCGUGCAUAAUCUCUAAGCAUAACAAAGUCAAAGAAAUUAUAGCUAAAGCGAUUGAGGAUGAUAUGAGUAGAAGCUCUGAAACAGAGUUUCAAGAAAAAGAGUCUCCUGUUCAAAAUAGAUCUAUAAGACGAAAGUUUCCUGUUCGUCAUAAAAGUAACGAAAUGUUAGGAAACGGCAAUGAAAAAAAUGUUUUUACACCUUCACGAUUAUCCAGUUCUUUUGCUGGUUAUGAUUAUAGAGGUAACGCUGCUGUGUGUCACGUUAGUAAUUCGGAUAAAGAUAAUGAAAAAGAAGAGUUGAAGCGAUUACAACGUCGAACACAGUCAGUUAUGAGAAAAGUCGAAUUAUAUGAAGGAAUCAGAAGGCAAGCAGAUGAACAUAAAAUUAAUAACUAUACCUUUUGGCGUAAAAGGCAACAGCUAGGGAAAUAUUAAGUUUUUACUUUUUAAAACACAUUAAAAAUAUCUCAAUGGCAUUGCCUAUUAAACUAUAGUUAGACUCGAAUCUAUUAAGCGAUGUCAAAACUUGGCUGUCUACAAAACAAAGUGUGCUCUUGGUUUAUUUAACAAGCUGUUCAGUUUGAAUAAAGACAGACAAAAGAACAAAGUAGGGGACAACAAAAUUUAAAAAUUCGAUCUGUUUUUUUGUUUUUUAAAAUAAUUUUUAUAGUUUU